AUGCGCUGCUCCUCUCCACCUCUUACACCCACAGACGGUCAUUCUAAUACGUACUGGUUAAUACGUGGAUAUGCAGCACUAAGGAUAAACUGUAACAAAGGGUCCGCACAGUAUAUAAACUCGUCCGUGGAUCAUCUUCUCAGUUCGCUUCGCGUCUUCGCUCAUAACAGCAAUAUGAAUUACCACCAGUUAACGAAAGCGCUAUUGGUGCUAUCGUGUCUGGCUAGUGAUGCACUCGCUGGAUUGCUGCCAGGUGGUAACGCCGGUGGAACUGGUUACCAGUACAACAGACCAGGUGGUGGUGGUGGAUUUGGGGGUCCAGGGGGAUUCUCUGGAAACUUAGGCGGUGGAAGAGGCGGAGACUUUGGUGGAAGCUUCAGUGGGAGACCAUCCACGUCUUAUGGACCACCAGGAGGAGGUGGUAGUGGUGGUGGUGACACUGGUGCAUUCAGUGGUGGACGUCCUUCCAACACUUAUGGACCUCCUGGAGGUGGACAAUUCGGUGGUGGUUAUCAAGAUGGUGGAUUCCAGGGUGGCUAUGGUGGAAGACCUCAACCAUACAGCUUUCAAUACGAAGUUUACGACCCCCCUAGUGGUAACGAUUACUCCCAACGCGAGAGUAGCGAUGGUAACGUGGUUCAAGGGGAAUACAGAGUACUCUUGCCAGAUUCGAGGACACAGAUCGUGAAAUACAUGGCUGAUGAUGCAAAUGGUUACACGGCUGAUGUUCAGUAUGAAGGACAGGCCCAAUACUCUCGAGGAGGUGCUGGAGCUUAUGGAGGUGGUGCUGGUGGUAGUGGUGGUUACCAGGGAGGUGCUGGAGGAUACCAGCAGGGUGGCUAUCAAGGAGGAUACAGCGGAGGUGCAGCCAGUAACCAGUAUUUACCGCCGCGUAGCAAUUAUCGGAAAUAA